GUUCAGUCGAGUGUUCGUUCGUGGCAGGACGCUUAUCUCAUUGCUUUGUGACUCAAUUACCGGUCUUAUAGUAAGUGCGUGCUAAUUUGAAUGGUGCAUCAGUGCAAUCAAGGUGCAAUUUACAUAAACAUUGUCGGCUACCUUUUUAUUGCUACCUGCUUUAUGACAAAGCGGAAUACGUGCCUAGCUCGCUUCAAUCUAAUAUAUUUUAUCGUGUUUUGUGUUUACAACAAUAAUUAACUAUGAGCACACGCAAAACUCCAUCGCCAAAACAUGAAGCCAACCGGCCCAAGAGGAAAACACCGGAUUGUCACUGUAAUAUCCAGGAAAUUAUGAGUGACUUUCAAAGGAAAAUGACCAUUUCUUUUAAUGAAUCACUGGCAACUCAAUCUGAACAGUUAAAUAGUUCACUAAACAUGUUGCGAGAUGAUGUGAACUCAUUUACAGGACAAAUUAAUGAAUUAAAUGCUACAAUGCACAAAAUUAUUGAGGAUCAAUCAACGUUAAAAAAGGAGAUCACAGAUUUGAGAUCAUCAGAUGAUAAAACAAAUAAAAAAGUGGACAAUAUUGAAUGUGAUAUUAAUAGCCUUGCGUCUCAAGUUAGUGAACUCACAGACCAAUUAAGAUUAAAAGAGCAACAAGGACGAAUCAACAACUUAGAAAUAACCGGCAUACCAAUUGUCAAGGGCGAAAACCUGUACACCAUUGUUGGUAAUAUUGCGUCUAAGAUUGGCAUUUCUCUUGAGCCCACAGACAUUGAUUUCAUCCACCGGGUAAGACGUUUCAAUAAUGCCCAGACAAGUGAGAUAAAACCAGCGCGUGAUGCUAGUCUCGCACCAAAUAUUAUCGUCCGUUUUACUCAAAGAAAACGCAAGACAGAUAUGUUGACGGCGGCACGGGCGCGACGCGGACUCACCACUGCAGAUGCCGGUUUGGAUGGUCCAGCGAGUCCCAUCUUCAUCAGUGAUCAUCUUACACCACAAAAUAAAUUACUUUAUAAGCAAGUUCGUAAAAUAGCCAAGGAAAAGUUAUAUAAAUAUAUAUGGUUAUCAGACUGUAAAAUUUUUGUGCGAAAAAGUGAUACCUCGCAUGCUAUUUUGGUGUCCCGUGAAUCUGAUCUCAUCAAAAUCAAAUGACUAUGCCGUCUAUUUAAUUUCCGGUCGAAUGUGUUAAGAAUAAUAGUUAUAUUUAAUACCCUAAACUCGUUUUGCAUUUAUUUUUAUAGUAAGAAAACAUGUACUCGUAAUUAUUUCUAUAUAGUCUUAAAUUUUAUUAUUUGUUUCGAAUAUGCUGGUGGAACAAUAAAUAUAUUUAAAAUUCGGUAACAAUAA